AUGGCUUCCUUGUACCAGCGGUUCAGCGGCAAGAUCAACACCUCCCGCUCCUUCCCCGCGGCCCCGGAGGCCAGCCACCUGCUGGGGCCCCAAUGCGCCGAGGAGGACCCGGCGGCAGCGAGCGCGGCGGCCGGCGCCGGGAAGAGCUCGCGUCCAUCGCAAGCCGACGGCUCCCGGCCCCGCUUCCAGUACCAGGCGCGGCGGAGCGACUGCGAGGAGGAGGAUGAGCUGGUGGGAAGCAACCCUCCGCAAAGAAACUGGAAAGGAAUUGCAAUUGCGUUACUUGUUAUUCUGGUUAUCUGCUCCCUGAUUGUCACUUCAGUUAUCUUGCUGACACCAGUUGAAGACAACAGCCAGUCUCAGAAGAAGAAGAUUACAGUGGAAGAUCUGUUCAGCGAAGACUUCAAAAUUCAUGAUCCACAAGCUAAAUGGAUAAGCGAUACCGAAUUCAUUUACACAAACCGGAAUGGCUCUGUGAUAUUGCAAAAUGUUGAAACAAAGAGGUCAACUGUGUUAAUAGAGAACAAAAUAAUUGUAUCCAUAAGGGCUGUUCGUUAUGAAGUAUCACCGGAUAGACAAUAUGCCCUUUUUGCAUACGAUAUCAAGCCGGAGCAUCAGCAUUCGUAUACGGCAUAUUACGUCCUCAGAAAACUGCCUUAUGGGGAGCCUCAGAAUUUGUACCCUCCUGAAGUUAGCAACACAAAACUUCAGUAUGCAGGAUGGGGACCAAAAGGACAACAACUGAUAUUUAUCUUCGAGAACAACAUCUACUACUGUGCCCAUGUGGGGAAACAAGCCAUCCGUGUGGUAUCCACUGGAAAAGACAAAGUUAUUUUCAAUGGACUCAGUGACUGGCUCUAUGCAGAGGAGAUUCUGAAGUCCCAUAUUGCACACUGGUGGUCUCCAGAUGGCACAAGGUUAGCGUAUGCAACCAUUAAUGACUCCAGAGUCCCCACGAUGGAGAUACCCACGUACACAAACGACCUUUACCCCAAAGUGAAAACAUAUCAUUAUCCAAAGGUUGGAACAGAAAAUCCAAGCAUUUCCUUGCAUGUCAUUGGUUUGAAUGGACCUCCCCAUGAUUUGGAAAUGACUCCCCCAGAUGAUCCAAGAAUGAGAGACUACUAUAUUACCAUGGUGAAAUGGGCAACUAGCACCAAAGUGGCUGUAAACUGGCUAAACCGAGCACAGAAUUUUUCCAUCCUGACCCUCUGCGACGCAACCACCGGAGUCUGCACAAAGAAACAUGAAGAUGAAAGUGAAGCCUGGCUACACAGACAGAAUGAAGAGCCUGUCUUCUCAACAGACGGCAAGAAGUUCUUCUUUGUCCGAGCGAUUCUUCAGGGAGGGCGAGGCAAAUUCUACCACAUUUCCAUGUCAUCUUCUCAGCCCAAUAGCAGCAGUGAUAACUUACAGACCAUCACAUCUGGUGACUGGGAUGUGACCGAGAUUUUGGGAUAUGAUGAAAAGAGACAUAUAAUAUAUUUUCUCAGCACAGAAGAAAAGCCAAGAAAACGACAUUUAUACAGCACCAGCCUUGGAGACUUCAACAGGCGAUGUUUGUCUUGUGAUUUGAUCAAUAACUGCACAUACUUCAGUGCAUCGUUCAGCCCCAGCAUGGACUAUUUCCUGCUGACCUGUGAAGGUCCAAGAGUUCCGAUGGUAACUGUUUACAACUUUUACAACACAACACAUGUGCAAAGUAAUUCUCCCCUUUUCGAACUUUUUGAUCUGGAAUUGAAUGAAAAAGUGCAGAAAACAGUAGCUGAAAGACAAAUGCCUCAAGUAGAAUACAUUGAUAUCAAGAUCCAUGAUUACAAAUUGCCAAUUCAGAUUUUAAAGCCGGCUGUCUUCGUGGACAUCAUGAAUUAUCCAUUACUUCUGGUGGUUGAUGGAACUCCUGGUACCCAGAGCGUGACGGAAAAGUUUGAAGUGAACUGGGAGAGUGUUAUGGUCAGCUCCCACGGCACAAUCGUGAUGAAGUUCGACGGCCGUGGGAGUGGAUUUCAAGGGACCAAACUGUUGCAUGAUGUUAAAAGGAGGCUGGGCGUUUUCGAAGAAAAGGACCAAAUGGAAGCUGUCCGUGAAAUGCUGGGGAAGUCAUUUAUUGAUAAGUCUCGAGUUGCUGUUUUUGGAAAGGACUACGGUGGCUACCUGAGUGCUUAUAUCCUCCUUUCUGGAGAAGAGAAGAAGGACCAAGUCUUCAUAUGUGGUGCAGCUCUUUCCCCACUGACAGACUUCAAGUUGUACGCGUCGGCCUUUUCGGAAAGAUACCUGGGAUUACUAGGGAUUGAUAAUAAAGCAUAUGAGAUUACCAAAUUGUCACACAGAGUGAUGUCAACGAAAGACCAGAAGUUUUUGAUCAUCCACGCAACUGCCGAUGAGAAAAUCCACUUCCAGCACACCGCUGACCUCAUUACUCACCUAAUUAAGGCAAAGGCUAAUUACAGCUUGCAGAUAUACCCCGACGAAGGCCAUUACUUCAGUCCCGUACUUGAGCAGCACUUAUACAAAUCCGUCGUUAGUUUCUUUGGGGACUGUUUCAAAGGCCAGGACAAAAUUCCAGUAGCAGCAACAAAAGAUGAUGAAGAUGAGGAUUAA